AUGGCAAACCCCGCCCACUGCCCGCCCUUAACACGCGCCUCGGUCCUCGAAGCUCACGAACGUAUCAAACCAUAUAUCCACCACACGCCCGUCCUCACGAAUACAUACCUUGAUGAGCUGGCCUCGACGCCGCAGAGUCCUGAGGCGUUGGUAGGGACGGAGUGGGAGGGACAAGAACCCGCGAGGCCGAAGAUCAGGUUUUACUUCAAGUGUGAGAAUUUUCAGCGCGUGGGCGCUUUUAAGGUUAGGGGGGCUUUUCAUGCUGUGGGGAGGUUGAUGGGGGAGUGGGAUGGUGAAGGGGAGGGGAUGGGUGAGGAUGAAGGGGAUGGGGUAGAGGGUGGAAAGGGGAAGGGGGUAGAGGGUGGAAAGAGGGUGAGGGCGGUGGUUACGCAUAGUAGUGGAAAUCACGCACAAGCCCUCGCUCUCGCCGCCCGCACCAUGGGCAUCCCCGCCCACAUCGUCAUGCCGACCAUCUCCACGCCCUCCAAGAUCGCAGCCACACGCUCCUACGGCGCGACGCUGUAUUUCUCGGGCUCGACCUCUACGGAGAGAGAAGCAAUGGUGGCGGAGGUGGUUAAGGAAACCGGGGCGAGGUUGGUGCCGCCGUAUGAUCACCCGGAUAUUGUGUUGGGACAGGGGACCAUGGGUGUGGAGUUGCAGGAGCAGGCGAGGGAGAUUAUGGGGGGGAGAAAAGGGAUGGGGAGUAACGGGGAUGGGAAGAAAGGGGAAACGACGGGUCUUGAUGCUAUUAUAACACCAUGUGGUGGUGGAGGCAUGUUAUCCGGCACAGCGCUCUCCUGCGAAGGGACCGGUAUCCGUGUUUUCGGCGCUGAACCCACGUUUGAAGGUGCGGACGACGGCCGUCGCGGGUUCUAUUCCGGCACUCGCGUUGAGAGUGUGAAAUCCAAGACGAUCGCAGACGGGUUACGCACGCCGCUAGGUAAAAUUCCCUGGAGUAUUAUCUAUGAGCGGGGCCUAGUGAAGGGUAUGUAUGGGGUUAGUGAGGGACAAAUAAAGAAGGCGAUGAGGCUGGUGGUUGAGAGGAUGAAGGUCGUUGUGGAGCCGAGUGCGGUGGUGGGACUUGCGACGGCGCUGUGGGAUGAGGGGUUUAGGAGGAUGGUGCAGGAUGAGGGGGGGAAUGGCGGGUGGGAUGUUGGGAUUGUGUUUAGUGGUGGGAAUGUUGGGGUUGAGGCGUUGGGGGGGUUGCUUGCGGGGGAUGAGGGGGAGGGAAAGGGGGGAUUGGAGAGGGAGAUGGGGAAGGUUGGGUUGGAUGGGGGAGGGAGGUUGAGAAUGUUGCUGGUUGAAUUAGUAACUAAGGUAUAUAUCUUAAGCAAUAAGAGUAGGUACCGAAAACGAUUGAACAAGACGAGUUUCAGAAUUCGGACUGUUGGUUGA